AUGGUCCAAGCCCAGUCCGAAGCGGCCAGCGUGGGGAUCAUCCUACCCCUUCUGCACGAUAUUCCUGUCCUUGCCCAAGUGGAAAUACAUCUUGCGACGGCUCGCACUGUGGAAGCCGGCCGUCGGAUGGUCCCUCAGAUUGCUGACCACCUUCCUGCUGUCAUUUCUCGUGGUUUGACUGCCUGCAUUCUGUACAAUGACCCCGCUGUCCGCGAGGACUUUAGUUUGGGUCACCCACCGGAUGGUCUCCCAGACAUUGGAACCUUGCACCUUCGGGUUGAGACAUUGUGCAAUAUGGCCUGCAAACUGUACGAUGUCAUGCGCGGGAUCACCGGUAGAUGCGAGUUGGCGGAUGGUACUUUGAGGCUGUUGCGGAUCGUAGUUGAGGAGUUAGAAAUAGCAUUCGGGCUCGUAGUGUUCCCUCCUCCGAUAACCAGCUUCCAAUUGCUGUCGGACUAG